AAAUGUGUUAUAUUUCGGUCACUGCUGCCUCUGUCAAUAGCUGUCUAGAGAAGAAGUAGAAAAAAUGGUGUUUAUGAACUCUCUCUCUCUGUGUUUUUUUUUCUUAAUUAAAGGCGUGGGUGAACAUUUGAGAACGCUAAAAAAAAAAAAAAGGGUCUUGAUAUCUCUAACAUUCCAUGCCUUUAAUCCCAUGUAUUUUUAUUUUGAAUCAAUUCUCCUUGUUUUGCUUAUUUUCUAACAGUUAUUGAGACCCAUAGCUCUUGUUUGUUUGGAGUUUGAGAGAGAUACCUGUGUUUCCUUUCCUAAAAUGGGAAUGGCCUUCUCAUGCGCCCUUGCUGAAUUCCAUGAAUUGGAUAGUCCUUUCGACACUGUUCUUAUUAGAUCAAUUAGUUUUGGGACUGCUUCGAAAUCUGUCGGUUUUAAUGUCUGUGAUUCAGAACCUCAUUCCAUGAGAUCAUAUGUUUCAGGAAAGAUGAUACUUGAAGAAUGCCUUAGCUUUAAGGAGAGGGAAUUCAGUACCACAUUCUCCUUCAAAAGUACUGCCUCGGAUAUGGAUGUGCUCGCUAGAUCAAUCAUCAGUCCUCAAGUUGGAGAAAAGGGUAAUCAGUUGACAAGGGAAGAUAGCUUGCCUGACAAAAAACUUCACUUGUCAUUGCUUGAGUCAGGGAACCAAAGACACCAGGCCGCGGUGACAUUGCAGAAAGUGUAUAAAAGCUUCAGAACCAGGAGGCAGCUGGCUGAUUGUGCUGUUGUUGUCGAGCAGAGAUGGUGGAAGUUGUUGGAAUUUGCAGAGCUCAAGAGAAGCUCCAUAUCUUUUUUUGAUAUUGAGAAACCUGAGACUGCAAUUUCACGUUGGUCCAGAGCAAGAAUGAGAGCUGCUAAGGUGGGAAAAGGCUUGUCGAAGGAUGCAAAGGCUCGGAAGCUAGCUUUACUGCAUUGGCUAGAGGCAAUUGAUCCAAGGCAUCGUUAUGGACAUAACCUUCAAUUUUAUUAUGUCAAUUGGCUUCAUUGCCAGAGCACACAGCCUUUCUUCUAUUGGCUCGAUAUUGGAGCUGGGAAAGAAGUGAACCUUGAUAGAUGUCCUAGAUCAAAGCUUCAACAACAAUGCAUUAAAUAUCUUGGUCCUGCUGAAAGAGAAUCUUUUGAAGUAUCAGUGCAGAAUGGGAGAUUAUUAUAUAAACAAAGUGGGAAACUUCUCCAUACAAUAGAAGGACCGAAGGAUGCCAAAUGGAUUUUUGUUCUCAGUACAUCAAAGACCUUGUAUGUUGGUCUGAAGAUCAAGGGAACGUUUCAACAUUCAAGUUUCUUGGCUGGUGGAGCCACUCUAUCUGCUGGAAGAUUAGUCGUGGAAGAUGGUGUUCUCAAGGCAGUUUGGCCUCACAGCGGCCAUUAUCUCCCAACAGAAGAAAACUUCCAGGCAUUCAUGUCAUUCCUCAGGGAACACAACGUAGAUCUAACCGAUGUAAAGGAAAGCCCAACUGAUGAAGAAGAUGGAUCUGUUAUAAAAAAGGACAUUCGUGGUAGCCUCCGAGACCAACCUGAUGCAGAUUUACUUGAAGACACCAAAGUAACAAAUGUUGUCUUGGCUCUAGAGAACACAGUUUCAAGGAAACAAGAUUCUAAUGUGGCAGAAAAUGCUAAUCUGCACACAUCAAAGUUGUCACGUGGAUUCCAAUUUAAAAUUACUGAACUUGAAAUACCAACAAGAGGAGAUGUGUUUGACACUUUCAAAACAGAACAACUUGGACCAAGCUGCCAGGCUGAAGAUCCUGAUUCUUCUGGAGAAGAUGGCUAUGAGGCGGCAGGAGAUUCAUUUUUGACGGAGGAAGAUUUCAUGAUUACUAAACUCAACUUGUUUGACGAAGAUAACGAAGAAGCAAAUGAGGAGCCCGUCCCCAAAGAAAAAAUCCUCCAAAGGAUAGAUUCUCAUAAAGGAAUGCAUUCAUAUCAAUUGGCGAAGCAAUUACCAUCAUCUAAAUGGACUACUGGUGCAGGGCCACGGAUAGGAUGCAUGAGGGAUUAUCCAUCGGAGCUUCGAUUCCGGGUGUUAGAGAAUGCAAAUUUGUCGCCAAGAACAAGAAGUGAUAACUCAUCACCACGGACCGCACCUCGGCUUAGCCGGAAGGUUUCAUCACCAAUGGUUUUGACACAAGUUUCAUUAUUUAAAGAAACAUCAUGCAGAAGUCCCCUUGCUCCAGACCAAGAGUUAUUUUCACAAACAGCAAACCUUUAGACACUGUUGGAUCAAGAAUUUUUCUUUUGCUUACUUACUGGGAUAGAAUAGAAAUGAUAUAGGGCAUUCUUUGUAUACGCCAUUAUCAAUACCUCUCUUCUGUAGACAGUAGACACGCAAAAAUGAAAUAAAAAGGAAAGGGUUAAGCAGGCACUUAGCUGUCCCAACAUUUGAGACAAAGGGUUUCUAUAUCAUUCUUAAGGUUUCUUGAAGUCAUCUGCAACAUCUAAAAUACCAUUAGCCAGGGAGGACGAGGGACAUCUCGUCUUGUGAGGGAGAAUGUGAAGUCCUAGCCUUCCAGCUUUUUCAGGAGAAAUAUUUUCUUUCAGAACUCAAAACAUUUACCUAGUGAUCGCAAACCCAAAAACUGAACCUGGGAAUCCUGAGAUCAGCCCUUUCAAGCAAAAGAG